AUGUCUUGGACUGCCUUUCUUUUCCUAGUACUAGGAUUCUUGUGGUUGGCAUAUGUCCUACAUCAUCAUGUGGGAAGGAAAGGGAAGAAGCCCAAGAACAAGCUACCUCCUGGCCCACCUGGGCUUCCUAUUCUAGGCAACCUUCUUAUGUUAGGCGAGCUCCCUCACCAUGACCUCCACAAGUUAUCCAAGGAGCAUGGGCCCAUCAUGUACUUGCAGUUCGGAUUUGUCCCGACCAUUGUCGUCUCGUCCCCUCAAGCAGCCCAACAGUUCCUCAAGACCCAUGACCUUGUGUUCGCCAGUCGGCCUGUCACCGAGGCCGCCAAGUACAUGUCCUAUGAGCGCAAGGGCCUCUCAUUCAAUGAGUAUGGCCCAUAUUGGAGGAGCCUUCGCAAAUUGUGCACUUUGAAGUUGCUUAGCAACGUAAAGAUUGAUCACUUCAAGCUGAUGAGGCGAGAGGAGCUGGGCCUCCUCGUUCGUUCAAUCAAGGACUCAGCCCAGGCCCGUGAUGCGGUGGACCUCAGUGCUAAGUUGUCAUCCCUCACCACGAACAUGACGUGUCUGAUGGUGUUUGGCAAGAAGUACAUGGAUGAGGAUUUGGAUGAGAGGGGAUUCCAUGGAGUCAUUGGAGAGGGCAUGAAGUUGGGAGCGGCUUUCAAUGUGGCGGAUUAUAUUCCUUAUGUGGGGGCACUCGACCUUCAGGGCCUAACCCGUCGCAUGAAGGCGUUCGCUAAGGUCAUGGAUGCCUUCUUCGAGAAUGUCAUCGACGAACACGUGAGGACGAGGGACAAGGCCCACCAGAGGGACUUUGUGGACGUCAUGUUGUCGUUCAUGGAGUCGAAUGACGCCGAAUUACAGAUUGAUCGAAACAACAUCAAAGCAAUCAUCUUAGACAUGCUUGCGGCGGGAAUGGACACAUCGGCAACCGCAAUCGAGUGGGCCCUCUCGGAUCUCUUUAAGCAUCCACCAGUAAUGAAGAAGGUCCAAGAAGAGUUGGAACGUGUGGUGGGCCAGGAUCGUAUGGUGGAGGAGUCGGACCUGUCCAAGUUAGAGUACCUGGACAUGGUCAUCAAAGAGAGCAUGAGGCUCCACCCAGUUGCACCACUGCUCAUCCCCCAUGAGGCCAUGGAGGACUGCACUGUCAACGGCUACCACAUACCCAAAAAAUCCCGAGUCAUCAUCAAUGUGUGGGCGAUCGGGCGGGACACAGAUGCAUGGCCUGAUCCGGAACAGUUCUCCCCAGAGAGGUUCAUCGCAAGCAAUGUAGAUGUUAGAGGCCGUGAUUUCCAGCUUCUUCCUUUUGGGUCUGGCCGCAGAGGCUGCCCCGGGCUGCAACUGGGUCUCACUAUGGUCCGAUUGGUGCUGGCCCAGUUGCUGCAUUGCUUUGAUUGGGAGCUUCCCAACGGCGUAUCACCGGAGGAUUUGGACAUGACCGAGAAGUUCAGCCUAGUGGUCCCUAGGGCCCACCAUCUACUCGCCAUCCCAACCUAUCGCAUCCGCGAUGAUAUUUUAUAAGAAAUCAUAGGUGUGUGGUAGGGUAUUCGUCAACUCUUUGGGUGGCCCACUAAGAGGGUGCAUC